ACUCGCCUUCCCGCCAGUCCGCCGUCUCGCCUGACAGUCGGCUGCUCGCGUCGGCAACGCUCGCCUUCACAUCGUAAACAAUAAAAAAAACUUGACAUUGUCAAUGAAAAUUUCAAAAAACAACAUCUAUUCAAACUUAACUUCACUAAGUUAUAAAUACCGGUAAAUCUAUACGGCCGGCCGCAGUGACUUUGGAAAUGUAAUGUCAAGUGUUUUGGUGAUCGAAGUGAAAGGAGUUCUUUCGUAUAAUUGUGAUACUGAAGUGCUGUGUAACUGUGCCGUGCUCGGCCAAUGAUUAACCAUAAGUAGAACAGACUUACAAGCAUGCUCGAUGAUGUACCGGCGCGAUAGAAACUCGAUGAGUGUAAUUGAAUGCUGUUUAUCAAUCGAAGUACAUUGCUGCAUUUAAUAGUCUACGGUUGUUGUUCGUAUGAAUUGAAGCAAUGCCGGCGCUCCGGCUAUUGGGGCGCAAAUGGCUAGCCGCCUCGGACGAUCUCGUGUUCCCUAGCAUCUUCGAGCUGCUGUGCCGUUUUGUAUGGCUGGUGCUAAUAGCUCUCGUGGUAGAAGUGAUAUUCCCGGUGACAUGGCAGUGCCAGUCGGAAGGCUGGCAUGGAGGCGCCUUCGUACGGCUGUACCUUUGCGGCGCUCUGGUACUACAAGCUGUGCUGAUGCUGCUGCUAGCAGCUUUGGCUCACCAGUCUGCGAGAGGAACCAUCACGGAGGUCGACGUUAGGAAGAUGGUCUCUCCACUCCUCUUGAUGAAAGUGCUGUUUGUAUUGCCGGAGAUCGCCUUGAACGUGAUGGGCACCAUGUGGAUGUUCUGUGACGUCAUAGAGUGCUCCGUCUCUGACAAGUUCUCCAGCGUAGUUAUUCAAAGUAUAGUCCUCUUCAACUGGGUGCAACUCGCGCUGACAGUGUUUGGUCUGUUCAUGGUUUUCGACCCACUGGGCUCCGUGAACUAUGGAGAUAUGGUUGACACGCCUAACCAAGUCCGGCAUCAUCGGAAAGUCACCGGGCUCUGGUCGAGAAGGUUCCGAUGGGCCUUUUGCUGGCUUAAACGGGAUGAGCAUGGGAAGGAAGCUUUUCAGCAGGUUGCAGCUCUCCUCAGCGCCCUCUUCAGAUCAACAGACUUAGUCCCGUCCGACGUCGUGGCGGGCUGCGUCCUACUCCGAGUCCGCCAGAAGCGAGAAACACGCGAGAUGCGACGCAUACAAAUGCUCAACGACGAAGAACCCAUAUACACUACUGACGUCAACAAGAUUUUCUCAGAGACACCGCCCUGGAUGAACCUUAAAGACGCGUUGCAUUAUCUAAAGCUGUCGAUAGCAGCGUAUGGGUGGCCGUACGUGUUGUAUCGACACUGUUUCACUGGUUUCUGCAAGUUGGCGAGGCAUUUGACGUGUUGCUGUUGUCGGCCAAAGAACUCGAUUGUGACUGACGACAACUGCUGCAUGUGUCACUUCGCCGGCGUCAAGUACAUGUCAAAACUGGAGGCCGAUGACAUCAUAUUCGCUUCUUUCAACAAUCACGUCUUUGAGCUCCCAUUCUGCGUGAUAGCUGACCAUGAACGAGAAAGUGUGGUCGUCGCCGUGCGUGGCUCCAUCUCACUGCGGGACAUCUUCACAGACUUCACCGCUGGCUCCGAGCGGUUUGAGGCCGACGGCUUGCCUGAAGGCACGGCAGCGCAUAAGGGCAUGUCAAUGGGCGCCGCCAAAAUGUUGAAGCGACUGAUGCCAGUGUUAGAGCGUGCCUUCCAGCAGUACCCCCAUUAUGACUUAGUUCUCACAGGUCAUAGUCUGGGCGCCGGAGUAGCAGUAUUAGUAGCGUUAAAGCUAAGGCCCAGAUAUCCACAUCUAAAAGUAUUCGCGUUUUCUACACCUGCUGGUCUAAUAAGCCGGGAAGCCGCCCGCUACACAGAGAGCUUCGUGCUGACGGUAGGCGUGGGCGACGACUUGGUGAUGCGGCUCAGCGUGCACAGCAUCGAGAACCUGCGCACCAAGGUCAUACAGACCAUACACGCCACCAAGCUGCCCAAGUACCGAAUAAUGCUAAACGGCUUCGGCUAUGCACUGUUCGGCGUGCCGGCGCGCGACCUCGAGUCCACCUGGCGACGGCCUGAGGAGCUGGAGGCGAACCAGUCGGACGACUCCGCGGACGCGCUGCUCGUCCCGGGCGUCUCCACCGUGAGUGCUGAGGCGGCGCUAGUGUCGCGCAACGUGUUCGUGCGCCGUUUCUCCACGGCGCGGCUGUUCACCGCGGGCCGCAUUCUGCACAUCGUGAGGCGUAAGCGCAUGGGGAUUGAGAACAAUGACGAUGAGGAAGAAAAUGAAAGGAAAGUGCGCACCCAAGAACCAACUUACGAGAUGCGAUGGGCGUGCGCCGAAGACUUCAUGGAGCUCCAGGUGAUGCCGCGGAUGCUGCUUGACCACUUGCCUGAAAACGUGCACCGCACCAUACAAACCGUUUUAGACGAGCGACACACCUAUCGUGUCACGCAGCACCUCUAGAUGGCGCUGUUAUCAAUUGACUUGCUGCUUUUGACGCAGCGGAAAGCGGUGUAAUGCUUUGCAUUUACAACGAUAGGGUGCCACAAGGCAGGGAACUGUCUUGUGUGGGUAUAUAGUCGUUUGCUGUGGAUAAUACAAGUAUCAGGAAAUCUAAUAGAUGGCGCUGUUGUUAACGGUUGUCGCAAUGAACAUUGUGUUAUCCACAGCGGUAAAAACCCGGUUAUAAUAGGGCCAGAGUGCCCUAAAGGCAUUAUAAAUAGCAGCAUGCCACAAGGCCGAAAGCUUUGUCCUGGAUAUUAAUGUGUCAAACCAGAAAAAUGUAACGAGUCUUAUGCAUAAGCCAAGUUAUCGAACAAUUUACUUGCCUAGCAACACGUUUUAAUAAGUACACGUAAACUUGUGCACUAGUAGACAGCUAAAAAUCUCAUUUUGAUAUUAUAUUCAGUAAUAUUAAUUAAUAAUAAUCAAAAUCAUGAUAUAUUAACACGGAAUACUGUAAUGAAUCUCUUAUAAGUGUACAUCUCGCGAGCUCAGCUUCGGAGCCUACUCAUGACACGAUGAAAUGCAUUUCGUUCCUAAACCUAGAGAAGUACAUGACUCAGAUAUGAACAAUUUCUACGAGACUUUUGUAUAUAUAUUUUCUGAAUUUAUAUUGACAUACCAGUGUCAAGGCGUUUUGUAAUAAAGAGUUAGUAUAAGUAAUGUGAGAAGACUGUGAUGAUGUUAGAAUGAAAAUAUUGUUAAAGAGUUAAGUGAAAGUUAGUGUAGCAUGGAUAGUGUGUGUGGUGAGGGUCGGGGUCGCCAUGGGCGCCCCUCAUUUAGGUGCAUUACAUAUCAACGUUCAAAACGUUCUCAUUUCGCGGGUCGUUGGUCAUCAAUUUUCGGCAUUUUGUUAUCACAAACCAAAGACAGAAAUAGAGUUUGGACCUAGUUUAACUCCACUUUAGUUGUUACUUAAUUUGCUCAAAAUAAUAAGCAAUUUGUUUGUCAUUGUUCCGUGUCGUUACUCUGAAUGCCUUUGCUUCAAAAUCGAAUACACUCUAAUACUAAGUAAGACUUGCAAAGCUACCACUAAGUACAAUAACUAGAUGAUAGGUAGAGCGUUACCGGAGUCAAUUAUAUUAUAAAAUACAGCAUACUACUAUGUCGUAGCAUAAUAAGUACAUAGUGCUGACAGUUCAAAAUAUUUUUAUUACCACUCAGUUUAUUCAUUGUUUUUAAAUCAAGUAAGAAUUUAAAAAAGCUAAGAAUAUAGUUCUAGCGCGAUUUUUAGCUCCGGCUAAAUUGUAGGUUGCCAGUUCAAAUCACGCUAGAGCUAAAAAAAACAAACGUAAUUAUAUUGUGUCAAACAAGUCUGUCAGUAAAUAAGAACUAAGAAAACUAUAGGUAUCCUUUUCUCUAGCACCCUAAAGAAAAGGAUGCAUAUAGUUUUCUUUGUUCUUAUUUACUGACAGACUUGGUUGACAGAGUAUAUUAAAAGGGCAUGGUUGUUUUAUGUGACAGACGAAGCGCUUAACGCAUGACAUCACAGAAUGUAUGAAGGAUGACAAAGCGCUUAUCGCAACGUUUUGUCAUUUUUCGUACAUUUCGUUGAUCGCAAGCGUUCAAACGCUUCAUUGAUAGCUUAAAAUAACCUCGCGCUUUAAUUUCUUAAAAAUAUAUAAAUAUUUCAAUAACAGACAUAAAGACAGUUACAAUCCAUUAGAGUUAUCAUUGUGCACGUGGCCAAAUAAAUGUUUUAAAUUAGUAAACUCAUAAUAAAAGUUAUACAACACCCUUUCACAUUCUAUUAGCAUUUCUACAGAAUAAUUUCAACUUCGGGAACAAGAUCUUGAUAUGAAUAAAUUUACCUACCUAACAUAGAGUUUUUAAGCGUUUUACAUGUACAUAAAAUAGCAUUUAUUUAAAAUUAUAAUACAUUCCAAUUUGUAUUGAAGUUAGCCCUCAGUCCCUUGCCAUUGCGUGUCAGGUAUGAUACAAAUGACACAAGAUGAUUUUCCUUCUUCUGUACCGAUAAUAGUACUUGCCAGUCUUAAAGGAAUGAUGACGUCAUGAUCAGAUCGGCUAAAGUCAGUCCAAGAUAAGAUUUUCACAACCUUGCCGGUGCAAAAUCUAUUUUAAACGUCAAACUUCAAAAAUGUUAUGACGUUUACUUAACACUUGUACGAGACGGGCUGAUUUUAUUAGUCGUGUUCUCGCGCGCGAGUCGAUAGAAGAAUUCACCGUGCGAGAAUGAAACUCAUGCUAGGAAUUUAGCGGUGUCAUUCCACUGACUUACGCCUUUCCUAACACGCCAUUGGGUUACAUUUAAAUUUAUUCGAAAUUCAAAUAAGAAAAUUGUAUUUCAGGCAAAUGAGGUUUUUUUUUGAGGUCUUCUGCGAUACAAAGAUCAUGUGUCCAUAAUAACCUUAAAAUCAAAGAUGGAGCCGUUUUAUGAGACAACUCCACUUAGCUGCGUUUUCAGCAGAGAUGAUGUACCAACUUUGUACGUAAUAUUCCACCGGCGCUACUUUGAGUGAGGUUAGGUGAUUUUAUUGGUUCUAUGGUGAAAACUCGGCCUUAAAAAAUGAAAACGCUCGUUUCUCAAACACAUACACACAAGCGUUGGAAAACGUCCUUUUAAUUUAGCUGUUUGACCAAGUCGGUAAUCAUGACAUUUAUGACUCAGAUUCUUAAAAAAAUCUUAAAUAAUAAAAUGCAACAAAGUGUGACGUAUAAAAUACCUUGGACCAUCAUUUCCUUGCCAGCUUCCAAGCAUUUUAUAUUAUUGUAUUAUCAAGAGAGUAUAUUAUGAUAAUGAAGUUACAGCAUGAAAGAUUUUGCCAUUCUUCAAUGUAUUGUAAAUAGUAUUAAAUGAAAUCAUGAACAACGCCUAAAUUAUAUCUAUCAAAUUUGUUUUUAAUGUACAGGAAGUAUAGUUUUGUUAUUAUUUUAUGGGGUUUAUGUAUUAUUUUGUAGUUUGUAUAUUGCCAGACAGUAUAACGCUGGAGUAAAGAAAAAAAUGUGUUAAGAAUUUUAUUACACUAAAGGGUUGUGAGUGUACUACUAAAAGGUGUACAGAAUUGGAAUCAUAUGAAGAUGAGAUAAAUCGCGGAUAUUUUUGUAUCUAAAAGUUUUUUUUUUUACUUAAAAUGCCGCAAUGUUUUUUAAUGCGAUGAGGUUACGACAGGAUGUUACGUACAUUAUGUUGGCGCUCGUGAGCCGGUUUUUAUCGUAAUGUAGGUACUAAUAUAUAAGUAGAGACGUAGUGCGAAGUUCGUAUUUUUACGAAAGAGCACGUCAUGCUAUUUCAGCAAGUCUCAGUAAAAGUAUAGAUCGGGAAAUAUAAUUUGAACGUUCACUGUAUAUGUAUUGUAAACGUUCAAAUUAUAUUUCCCGGACUAUACUGACAUUGUAUGAACUACCGUGACACGUUCGUGCGUUUCCGUAAAAAAUAUACGAAUGAGAAUUUUUCGCACUACAUCUGUACUAUAUUUUACCCACGUAGGUUUUUCUUUGUAUUUUGAAUGGUAACUCUGUCUCGUUUCUUUACUCCUCCGCUACUUUCGUUGGACUGUCGGUGGGUUGUUUCUCUUUACGCUGGUUCUGGUCGUUGUUGAAGUAUUCGAAGGACUGAGGUUCUUUUCUUUUGUACCCUAAAUUAGGGCUCUAUAAUCUCUCACUUAUCGUAGCUCUAGGAUAGCCAAUGUCUUGUGUUGGGUUUGUGUUAAUUUAUAUUAAAAUAUAUUUUAAGUAAA